AUGAAUUCUGACGCUCCAGAGACUGUAGUUACCGUCAAGGAAACCAUCUUGAGUGAAGAGCCUCAGCAGCAGCAGCAUCAUCAUGCUCCUCCUGAGAAACGGACCAAGCUUGUUUUUCUGUACAGCAGCGAUGAGGAGGAGGAUGAUAAUGAUAAGAAAGAUGGGGAAGAGUCGAAUGAGAAUAUAAAUGAGGGGUCAAAGAAAUCUGCGGUGGCUGUUGAGGAAGUCGUAACACUGAAUCCACCGGUCGAAGAGCUUCUUGAGAUGCAACAAGAAGCGGAAGAGGCAGCAGCACGGCAGAAACGAGUUGAAGAACAAAAUACAAAUGAGAUGAUUCCACCAAUGCCGUUAUUUGUGGAGGAUACAGCAGGUGUGGCUGUAAAAUUGCCAACCGUGCCACAGACUCGUGUGAAGGUGGUGGACGCACUGCCGCUCCGUGAAGGUGGGAUCAACACUAUUGGCAAACGAAGUGGUAUGCCGUUGCGGCGAUACAUAAGUGUGGAAGAGGCUGAGCGUCUCUUAAUUGCCCGAAAACGAUUCCGUGAAGAAGAAGAAGAAAAAGAUGAUGAUGAUAAUGAAGAAGAAAAUGGAGAAGAUUCUGUAGUCGUUGUUGCCAAUGGUUUUCCUUCUGGUGUUGACAGUAAUGUAUGUGUUCCACGACCAGUACUAGACGACGAUGGUCUCGUGCGAGCUGUGGAGGUUGGUGGUUAUCAGUUAACGGUUGAUGAAUCUUAUUUACAAAACUCUGAUGAGGAGAAGGAGGAUGUGGAGGAGGGUGAGGUAAUAGCUCUAGAUACUGUAAAUGAAAAUGACGAGGAUAAUAACUACAAACAUUUGGGCGAUGAAAACAAUGAUGAUCUUGAUAAUCUUGGUGAUCUUGAUGAUGAUGACGAGGAGGAGGAGGAAGAUGAAGAAGACGAAGAGCUUGACGCGGCGUUAGUAGUUGCAGUUGUAGAGCAGUUAGUCCGCUGUUGCGAGAGUGAAGAGCUGGACGAGGCUCUGCGUGAGGAUGGUGAUCGUUUCCUCGCAAGGGCACAACCCUUUCUUCAACAAUUGCACGCAGGCGAGAUGGAUCCACACGCUUUUGGAGAAGAGUUGAGGAGUGACAUCCUGCGUUUACAACGGGCAUUUAGGCGUGUGAGUCGUCCGACAGAUGCGCCUAUUGUGAUUGAUGGUGUAGUAAUGGACAUGUAA